UGAUCAUCCCCGGGUUCGCGCCGCCGCGAACCAACGCUUGGCUCAGCGUCGACUAUCGCUCAGCAGACUUGGUCUUCUGGGACAUCACACAGCGAGCAAAGACCGCACUACGAAAGACGAAGACAGUGAAACGAAGACUAUACAAACCUCUUAGUCUGACUUGGUCCUUCUGAUCGCUCUUCCAUUACUGUAGCGAGCUCGUCAUCAUGGACACCCUUGUUAGACAAUUGUCUCGACCAGCUGUGCCGGUGCAUGGAGAAGACGACGAGGCUUACGGGAAUGCCGCAGAAUGGGGCAGUAUGGGAGGUUAUGGCAAUCUGUCGAGGACGGGAGCAAUCAGCGGGAUGACAGUGCCCAGAGUCUUAGAUCCUAUCUCCUUCCUCGCUACGCAUACCGACAACCUUUCCACUAACCCUGAGGCUAAGAUUAAGCUGGCUCACGGAACCACUUGUCUUGCUUUCAAAUUCAGAGGAGGGAUUAUUGUCGCUGUGGACUCUCGAGCGUCAGCCGGGAGUUAUAUUGCGAGUGGAACGGUCAAGAAAGUGAUCGAGAUCAACCCAUACCUGCUGGGAACUAUGGCUGGAGGAGCUGCCGAUUGCCAAUAUUGGGAGACAUAUCUUGGGAUCCGGUGCAGACUAUACGAGCUGAGGAACAAGGAGCGUAUAAGUGUUGCUGCGGCGAGCAAAAUCCUUACCAACCUGGUAUACCAAUACAAGGGAAUGGGACUGAGCAUGGGAACGAUGAUCGCCGGUUGGGACAAAACUGGCCCCGCUUUGUUCUAUGUCGACAGUGAUGGGCAGAGGAUAAAGGGCAAUUUGUUCUCUGUGGGAUCAGGAAGUACCUUUGCAUAUGGUGUCCUUGACCAGGGCUACUCGUAUGACCUGUCAGAUGAAGAGGCUCAGGAUCUGGGUCGCCGAUCCAUUAUCGCUGCCGGUCACCGUGACGGAUACUCGGGCAACACCUGCAAUCUGUAUCAUGUCCGCGAGAAUGGAUGGGAGUUCAUCGGCAACUACGACGUCAGUCAGGAGUGGUACAAAUACAACGAGAAGGAGAAAAAGGCAUUGGAGCACGCCGGCAAAGCAGGGGUCCAGGGAGGAUCUCCUAUGGCUGUCGAAGCAUGAACACGAGCAUCGGGUACCUGACAUGCAUGUAAUACGAGAC